CUGAUCGUCGAGGUCGACCCCCUUAAAUCACACUUGGUUUAGUUUUCGGUAUUUUUUCUAUUACAGAUUUAGAAAAAAUAUUGAGACUUGUUGUAUUUUGAAACACGAAUAUUUGGGUAUUGAGUUAUCGUAAUUGUGUGUUUCAGUUCAGCUUCAACCCUUUUCAAUGUGCUAGUACCUUUGUAUUCAUCAUCGUUGACUUUAGGAAAGCGCCAUGCCCCCUUUCUUGCAAAUCAAAUCUUAGUUCAUAUCCAGAAUUUGCUAUACUAUACAUGAGAUAAUCGACAAUCUGAUCACGGAUUAGUUCUUAGAGGUCGACCCCCUUAAUUGACACCUUGUGCAGUGCAGGUUGGAGAUAGAGAGCAGAAAUGGCUUAUGCAUUACUCAUUUCUCUGAAGCAUUCUUUAGAGCUCCUUCUUGAUCCUGGUCGAUCAAGAAUUCAAGUAUCCAGCUCAGAGCUUCAACCCUUUUACGAAGACCUCUGUUACCUAAAGUCAUUUUUUGAUAAAGUGAAAUCUUUGGAAGACAGCAUCAGCGUUGAGGAAGUGGAAAAAGAUAUCAAGGAUGUAUUACAGAAUAGUCGAAAUCUGAUGGAAUCCCAUUUAUCAGAUUUAGUUCGUUCUGGAUCUGAGAGAUCAGGAGAUGGGAGUUGGUUUUCUCGAGAAUUGGUGGAACUCAAAGAUAAUCUCCGUCGCUUGAGCAAUAUGUUAAAAGCCAAGGAAAAUGAUCUCAUAGGAAAACAGCAACUGCCCACUGAUGUUGCCGUUGGUGUUGAUGUUGCUGUUGUAUCAGAAAUCCACCAGGAGAUUGUGGGAUUGGAAGAUGAAGUACGGAUGCUGCGACAACGGCUUUUGGAUCCAGAUUCCAGGCUCCAGCUAGUCUAUAUUGUUGGGAUGUUUGGCAUUGGUAAGACUACUCUUGCCAAGGAGGUAUGUAACGAUGAAUACAUUCGUGACAAGUUCACAACUCGCGGAAUUGUAAGAAUUGGUGUAGAAUAUAAGUUGGAAGAACUACUGCGUGAGCUUUGUGAAGUACUAAUGGGUUCCGAGGUAAAGGAAAAACCGACGGUUCAUGAAUUGGGGAACCGUCUCAAGGCAUCUUUAUCUGGUGGGACUUAUCUGGUUGUAUUAGAUGAGUUAUGGAAUAUGCGAGUCUGGGAUCAUCUCCGACCCUACUUUCCAGAUGACGGAAAUGGUAGUAGGAUCGUGAUCACAACUAGGAUGACUAACGUCGAUCGUGUUGCUUACAGAAAAUCUAUUUUCCAAAAGCGUUUACUAGACGAUCACGAAAGCUGGGAGUUGUUCUGUAAUAUGGCAUUCUCUGGCAUGGAGUGUCCUUCGGAACUUGAGGGAAUCGGCAAGGAAAUUGUCUUAAACAUGGGAGGACAUCCCUCUGCACUAGUCGAGAUUGGUAAAUGCGUAUCUGAGUUACCAAAAACGGUCGAAUCUUGGAUGGAAUAUGCUCAAAAUAUAAUUUGGAAAACAACCAUUCCAAAGGUUGUGAAUGCUGAAUUGCCUCACCAUUUAAAGGCGUGCCUUCUCUACUUGGGCCUACUCCUUCCAAACUAUAACAUCCCUGCUUCUCAACUCAUUAAAUUAUGGGUGGCUGAGGGAUUCAUCGAGCCUGACGCCGAUCAAAACUUGGACAGCAUAGCUGAGGAAUAUCUGGAGGACCUUGUUUCCAGAGGUCUUGUUAUAGUUCAUGAGCGGAGCUACACUGGUAGAAUCAAAACCUGCGGAAUGAUCCAUAAGCUCAUUCGGGAUGUCUGUGUCACUGAAGCUCAACAACAAAAAAUAUUCUGUAUUGUAAACAAAGACACUAGCACAAAAAAACAAAGGCGGGUGAGCAUCCAGAGUGAUGCUUUACUGGGAAUGAUGGCUGUUUCACCUGUACGCUCUCUUGUUUUUAUGUGCGCAGAGCAUCAAGAUCCAUUGCCGGUGUUUAAGUGCGUUAAAUGGCUAAGAGUACUGCAUGCACUUCCUAUAAGAUUUAGCAAGUUCCCGGACCAAAUACUGAAGCUGGUCCGGUUGAGGUACCUGGCCAUAACAUUUGAUGGGGAGCUGCCAUCAUCGAUAUCCACACUCUGGGACCUUCAAGUCUUGAUUAUUGUUUCAAGUCGGGCCAUCAGUUCCCCUGUCUUCUUGCCGUUGGAGAUAUGGGAAUUACAAAAACUGAGGCACCUACAUUGCAUGGGAUUCGACCUGCCACUUCCUUCAGCUGAUCUGCACCUAAUGAAGCUUCUCACGCUUUCAGGUGUGAGUUUUCGUACUUGUGUUGAUGGAGUUCUUGCAAGAAUUCCCAACCUAACCAAGUUAAGGAUCCAGUUUGAUCCUGCAGUCCACGCUGUUGAAAUUUCAUCUACUGGUGAUGUUUCUAGCCAUCUACAUCGACUGGAGUCAUUCAAAUGCGCAGUCACAAACCCAUCCGGAGUUGCAUUCUCCCUUGAAGGUUUCCCAUCUGGUCUUACAAAGCUAACCUUGGGAAGAUGUGGAUUUCUGUGGGAUGAGCAUUCCGCCAUCAUUAUUGAUCAGUUACCAGAUCUUCAAGUACUAAAGUUGCGAUGGAACGCCUUCUGUGGCCCCAGAUGGGAAUUCGGCGAUGCUGUAUAUCAUUCUCUGAAAUUACUGGUUUUGGAAGACUUGAGUAUAGAGCAGUUGAAAGCAGAGCCGAAAAACUUGCCAGUUUUGCAAAAAUUAGUUAUCAGGCGUUGCUACUAUCUGAAAGAGAUCCCAAGUGAUAUGAUAGAUAUCCUAACACUCAAAGUUAUCGAGGUGGAUGAUUGCGGCAACUCCCUUGUUAAAUCAGCAAGACUCAUACAGGAGGAGCAAGCGGACCGAAGAAAUGAUGAUCUACAAGUUACGAUCCAUUCUUCAUCUGAUGAUAGUAGUAAGAGCCCUCGUCUCUUGGAUUCAAUGAAUGUCUAAUUUCUGUGCUUGUGUUCUGCUGAAUUUAAUAAGCAACAUGCUUACUAGUCUUUUCCAUGCAUGGUUUAAUGUUUUUUUAUAGAGUGAUAAUGAGUCAAUGUGAUGUGUGAGUGUGACCAAAAUGCAAUCAAAUGGAGGAUUGUUCUGCUGACAAGAAAGAGACGAUCUGUUUCGCGGGAAGCAGAUACAGAAUCUACAGAUCACUGUCUUUCUACUUCUGUUUCACAUUUUACUGCACACACUAUGACUAUGCAUUAUCGUUGUUAAUGGCUAUUGUAUUCGUUUGCUAAUUAUAGUCUUUGAAGACUCAUGGAAUAAGUAUUUGUGAGAAUUGAUUAUGCAUAAAUAGAUGUAAUGGUGGUCAUUGUUUUAAACUUAUCGCUUUCUGGAAAAGAGAAGUAUAAUCUCUUAGUGGGGA